GUUUCACCACUUUUCAAUAAUUUCCUUUCGACCCAAAAAAAAAAAAAAAAAAAUACAGAGCGAGCGAUAAAAGGUCCCGUGCCAAAGCCAAAGUUCCCACCAUACCCAUCAUUUCCAUCACUUCUUUGACGGGUAGUUCUGAAACUCUCUCUCUCUCUUUCUCUCCAACUUUGUUAAGGAUAUCCUAUACAAAGUUAUCGAUAACACUAAGAGAGAAAAGGGACUCACGUUUAAAUUCUUUGUGAAAAAAGGAAGAAAAAGAAAAUUGGCUUGUGUCAGGGCGGCUCAACCUGUUUGGAGGAAAAAUGGGAGAGAACCAGAGUAAAAUUUAUAAAGAGAAAGUCGAAAGCUUGGAAUCUGCAAAGAAAAAAAGUGAAGAAAGAAUUGAAAGCUUGGAACAUGCAAAGACAGAAAGUGAAAAGAGAAUUGAAAGCUUAGAAUCUGAGAAUGAAAAAAAUGAGAAAGAAGUGGAAAUUUAUAAAGAGAGAAUCAAAAAUUUGGAAUCUGCAAAGGAGAAAAUUGAGAAAGAAGUGGAAACUUAUAGAGAGAAAAUCAAAAACUUAGAAUCUGCGAAAGAAAAAAGUGAGAAAGAAGUAGAAAUUUAUAGAGAGAGAAUGAAAAGCUUGGAAUCUGCAAAGGAAAAAUAUGAUGGAUUUCUGCUAAAACUCUUGAAAUCGCUUCGUUUGACAGAGGAGAGAUUGGUUAGGAUCAUCAAUAACAUUGUUGACAAUGAAAGGAUUGAAAAUUAUACAAAAGAGAGUGAUGGGUUGGAAUUGGAUGGAGAACUGAAGGUGGUUUCAGACGAGUUAAUGGCGGUCACAAAGCUUACGAAAAUGGCUGAAUUGAAAGUGAAUGAGUAUAAAGAAUCAAGGAAGAGGGAGAAGAGGGGAUUGGAGAGCAAUGUAUUGAGUUUGACAGAAGAGAAUAGGAUUAUUUAUAGUUUGCUUAAGACUGCUUUGGUAGAGAUGGAGAUUGCGGAGAAGAUCUUUAGAAGGUUGAAGGGGAACAUUGAGCAGAAAAGGGUGGCCAUUUUGCAGAUUGCAGAAAGUGGGUUGCUGCAGAAAGUUGGGUUUGAGAGUGUUGGGACUAAGUUAGAUAGUAGCGAGGGUGAAGAGGAGGUUGUUAGCCUGGCAUCAACUGUGGAGAGGAUAAUGAAGAAUUUAAACACUGAAAUCACUCAAUUGAGGAGAUCUUUGGAAGAAUCUAGGUCAAACACUGAGAACCUACAGAGUCUUACAGAGAAACAAGCUCAAGAUAUUGCUGAAAAGAUGCUAUAUAUCAAAGAGUUGGAAGAUAGAGAGAAAAAGUUGGCUCAAAAUGUUGAGGAACUCGUGACGAAAAUAAAAGAAACUGAAGCAGAGGUUGGUAAAUGGAGGGAAGCUUGUGAAUUAGAAGUUGAAGCUGGGAAACGUGAGAUUGAAGAACGUGACAAAGUGGUUGCGAUUCUCAGCCAAGAACUAGAAAAAACAAAGACUGCUUUGGACAUAUCAAAUCGCAAAUUAAAUGAAAAAGAAGAACUUGCAGCUGCUGCCAUGGCUGCCCAGUCAGCAGCAGAUAAGUCCCUGCAACUGGCUAACAGCACAGCUGCAGGACUCCGCAAGCGGGUAGAAGAGCUGUCAAAACAAUUAGAAGAAGCAGAGAGCCGAGACCGGAACAGACGCAAGGCCAGACACAUAUGUGGGCCAUGGGGAGCACUCAAACUGAGUACUGCUACAAUGAAAAAUAAAGUGAAGAAUGUAAGGAGGAUGCUGUCAAAAUGCAAGCCUUGGCGAGCACUCAAACUGAGUACUGCUAAGAAGAACAAUAAAGUGAAGAAUGAAAGAAGGAUGCUGCCAAAAUACAAGAAGGAUGCUGUCAAACUAAGUACUGCUACUAUGAACAAUAGAGUGAAUAAUGCAAAAAGGAUGCUAUCAAAAUGCAAGCCUUGGCGAGCACUCAAACCGAGUACUGCUACUAUGAAUAAUAGAGUGAAGAAUGUUAGAAAGAUGCUGUCAAAAAGCAAGACUUGAUCGAUUAAUGUCUGAAACUCUAUAAUUUAUUUCAAUUCUUUCUUCUUAUGAAACUUUAGUUAUAUUUGUACCUUAUCUUCAAUUUAUUUUCUUUUGUACGCUCACAUUUAACUAGGUUAGUGGAAUUUCUUCUAGUUGAUUCAAAAAAAUUAUCUCAAUAAAAUUGCCUAAACAAAAAAUAUUUCCUUGAGGAU